UCUAUUAUUUGUACAUCUAUAUGAUUACUGACAUUUAGUGUUACCAAAAAAUCACUGACCUUUACUGAACUGUGUUUACAAGCUACAUGCAGUUAUGUAAAUGAUAAAAAAAUCACAGUUGAUAGAACUUCCAGAUUUUACAGGAAUUUUGAUUUGUUAUUAAUGGAUGGAAGAAAUGGCUAUAUGUCAUCUAACUAGUGUAGUGAAUACAUGUCUUUUGGAUCCUAUUUUAAAGGCACGUCCAAAAGCUGUUGAUCCUGUGGAUUACGAAACCUAUGUGUCAAAGAAUAAAACAAUUCUACACAAUGAUCCUCAGAGAGAAAUGCUCACAUUCCCGUAUGAUGACAUUGUUAUUCCACCACCCACACCACCAAAGAAGAUGCGAACAUUACAUUCAACUGUACCACCUACAGCCACACAGGAAGCCACCAACCUGUUGGUACGAGAAUGUAUAAAGUCAUACACAGAUAGCUGUCAUGUUGUCAAGUAUAAAUAUGAACAGUACUCAGGAGGAUACCAGAAACUUCUUAAAUUAAAGACACCUGAAACUUUACCUGAACAUGUGUUUGAAAUUGAUGCAGAGGUGGAAGAGAAAGAAAAGGAUGAGGACACAAUCAGCCGACAAAUGGGAGAUGUUGUUACUAAAGAGGGUUGGUUGUACAAAGGUCCUGAAAGUGGCAAAGAAAAUGUCAUCAGUUUUACCAGGCAAUUCAAGAAAAGAUAUUUUGUGUUAAAACAACAAGCAGAUAUGACCUAUAUACUUGAGUUCUUCAAAGAUGAGAAAAUGAUAGAGGCCAAAGGAUCAAUAUUUUUGGAGCUGGCAGAAGAAGCAAUUAAAAAUCCAAAGAAAGGGAAAUAUUCAUUUGAAAUUAAGAUGCAAGGAAGAGGACCAUAUGUGUUGUCGGCAGAGUCUGAGUCUGAGGCUUCUGAUUGGAUCAAGACAAUAAAUAGAAUCAUUAACCUAGCUGAGACUGCAUCACAAUUAUCAAUGGAGCAAGCCAAAGAAGAACCUACUCUUGACAAGGCAGCUAAAGUAGAAUACAGUAUGCAUCCAGAAUUACAAAAGUAUUCCAGAGAAACAGAAUCAAUGGUUACGUCAGCAAGAGCAAAAGACAGACAAAAUCUUUUCAAAGUUUAUCCUAAUUUAAAUAGACAUUGUAUAACAGAAGAUACUGAUUCAGAAGAUGAGGAAGACAUUGAUGUGUUUCCUAGAGAAUUUGGUGAACGUUUUCUACUGGGGUUGGUGGAUUUUAAGACAAAAUUACAAAUAAAUCAGCUGGAUGAAAACAUUGGUAAACAAAGUAAAAGUUCAAAUCCUGAACCUUUCUUUUUGACUUUUGCACUUUAUGAUGCCAAAGAUGGGAGGAAGAUAUCUGAAGAUUUCCAUAUUGAUCCAAAUGACCCAGAAAUUCUUGGAAUGAUUCCACCUGAAGUCCUUCUAGCAGCAGACAAGCUACAAAGUGUUGAAGGAAAGAAAACAUCACCACCACUUAAUGGUCUGGAUGAGAACUGGUUGAAGUCAAAGAAAAGACAGGGUAUAUUUUCUGUGGUCAGUUGUCAUUCAGAGGUGUAUCUAGUGAUUACAGUAGAGAAAGUCUUACAGGGACCUAUAGGACCAGCUAUAGAAACCUAUAUAAAGGCUUUGGAAGGCAAAAAUGGUACCAAACAAUAUAAACAGAUGAAGCAGUUCUGUUCACAUAUAGGUCAUCACAGAAUGCCUUUUGCAUGGGCAGCUUGUCAAGUAUUAUCUAGAGAAUAUGGACCAAGAAGCCUUUCUCUGUACAGAUACGAUGGAAACAAGAUUUCUGAGGAUGACCUCAUUAAACAUUUACAAGAUUUUAGAAAACCAGAAAAGCAGUCCAAAUUACAAGAGAUACCUGGCAGUAUAAAGAUAUCACUGAAAAUGCUGAAGUCAGAGGAGAUGCUACAGAGUACAUUAACUUCAUCUUUCAUUCCCAUAAAACCAUUCCCUAACCCCCCUGUAGAGCCUCCAGCUUUUGAAGUAGAUGAGUUUGUUCCUGAGAAAGCAUCUUUAUGUGACACAUAUGAUUCCUACAUCAACAAUCUCUAUGUCUACCCAUGUAGCCUCAAGUUUGAACACCAGAAAUCUUUUACAAAGGCAAGAAAUAUUGCCUGUUGCAUUGAACUGAGAGAUAGUGAUUCUGAUAGUGCUGUUGCCUUAAAGUACAUAUAUGGCAGACCAGAAGUAGGAAUAUUUACAUCUGUCUCUAGUACUACAGUCAUCCAUCAUAGUACAUCACCAGAUUUUAAUGAAGAGGUAAAGAUUAUAUUACCAAUUCAAAUCCAUGACAGACACCAUAUAUUGUUCAAGUUUUAUCAUGUUAGUUGUGAGGGGUCAAAGUCUGGUGUGAGAAGUUCCACCUCAGGAAAGAAACGUGAUAACAUAGAAAGUGCUGUAGGAACAACUUGGUUACCUCUUUUGCACCAAGGAAAAGUUGUGAAUGGAGAAAUGAGUAUUCCUGUGGCUUCCAAUCUUCCACCUGGUUACCUGUCAUACAAAAUACUGGAACCAGGCAGGGGAUCUGUACCAGAUAUAAAAUGGGUUGAUGGUGCUAAGCAAAUUUUUAAGGUCAAAGUUCAUGUCAGAUCUACUGUGUAUACAACGGAUCAACAUCUUCAUAACUUCUUCUUCCACUGUCAGAAGUUAGAGAAUUCUGAUUCAGGUGCUGACUCAGAGAUAGUCAAUAAGUUAAAGUCCCUUCAUGCCAUAGACUGUAAUGUGUAUGUUAAAUUCUUGCCGACAUUGUUGAAUCAGCUGUUUAAUCUACUGUCCAAGUCACUUGGGGAAGACAUUUCUUUUAAUACUGUCAAGGUAUUGAUUCACAUUGUUUCUGAAGUACAUGAAGCCGACAAGGUUGAUGCUUUGAAGAAUUAUGUCAAGUAUGUGUUCAAACCAGACCCUUUAAGAAAAGGAACAAAGCAAAAGGCAGUCCAUGAAGAAUUAUCACAAUUCUUGACUAGUUUACUUAGGCCUGGAACAGGGGAUCAUGUAGUUACUACAAAAUUUCUUAAACAUUCCUGGUUUUUCUUUCAAAUUUUAGUGAAAAGUAUGACAAUUUAUCUGGUAGAUUCUGAUCGUGUCAAAAUGCCAAGGAAUGAAAGAUUUACUAGUGAUUAUCAGUUCAGGAUACAAACAUUACUACAAACAGUCACCCCUCAUAUCAUUCAGAAACAAAAGGAUCGGGAUACUAAAUUGGCUAAUCAGAGUAUAGCAAGCUUUUUGAAGAUGUGUUUUACUUUGAUGGACAGAGGCUUCGUGUUUGAGAUGAUAUCUAAAUAUAUACAAAACUUUGGUCCUGGAGAUGCUAAGACUUUAUUUGAAUUUAAAUAUGAGUUUUUGACAAGAGUUUGCUCCCAUGAACACUACAUUCCCCUCUCAUUACCAAUGAUGAGAAAGGGAAUGAUCAAAACAUUUAAAGAUUUGAAGUGUGAUUACACCCUGUCAGAUGAGUAUAGGAAAAACCAUUACUUAGCUGGACUUCUGUUGCAUGAGCUUAAAAUGGCACUGAAUGAACCACGAGACAUACGAAGAAUUGCCAUAUUGAUGUUAAGGAACCAGUUAGCAAAACAUGCGUUUGAUGACAGAUAUACCUCCAAGUCACAGCAAGGGAGAAUAGCAGCACUAUAUCUACCAAUCAUAUCCAUCCUUAUGGAACAUAAGAGACACCUGGUGGAUGAACCUGGCAAUCCUAAAGUAGUAGCUCCACCUCCUCCUCAGCCCAUUCACAUGAUGAAUGGAGAUGGGCCAGUUCAGCGGCGUGAGAACAGUCGACCUGGGACACCACAGACAUCACACAAAUCAGUCACCUUUGACAACAACACACCUAUCAGGGACUCCAAAGUUUUCGCCCUGAUUGCUGGUAGUACAGGAACACCAACUCUCAGUCUUCCAGAUGGACAAGGCUUAAAUGGAAGUACAGGUUCACUGACCAGAAGUGGGACAUCCUCUGACGAAGACACUGGAAAAGACAAGAAACAUAAAAGAUCUCCAUCCAGUUCUAAUGUAUCUAAUACUGGAGCAGCUAUACCAACAGGCUAUUUAUAUAAAUACCAGAAGUUGGACAUCGUGGAAAUCAAGGAUUUACUAUUAUGUUUUAUUUCUGUAAUAAAACAUCUACCUGAAGAUAUUCUUCUUGGCUGGUUCAACAAUUCAUCUGAAUUUGACAUCAUAGACUUCUUUGGCAUUUUAGAGACAUGUUUACAUCAUUUCAAGUAUCAGGGUAGAAAGAAGAUACACGAUCUCAGCAUUAUAGGUGACAGCAGAAAAGCCUUGACCAUGCCUGCCAGUAGACGAUCUAUGCCUGCUUUAAUACCAGGAAGUGGGAGCAUGAAUACACGGACAUACAGCCAGUAUAGUGAUCUUAAUUCUGAGUCUGGUACUUUACCGUCACAUGUACCAUCACAAACCUCCUCAUCAGAAGCAGAUGCAUUAGUCAAAGCUUUACAAGAGGCUAACAUGUCAACAGAAGUUGGACUUGCAGUAUUAGAUAUACUUAGUCUAUACUGUAACUUUUUCAAGAAAAAUUUAGAGUACAAAGAUGGUGACAACAGCUUGAUGCAGAGAGUAUUUGAUCUCCACCUCUACUUCUUACAGCAUAGCCAGUCAGAAACAUUACAGAAACAUGUCUUUGCUGCACUCAGGCAGUUCAUCAGAAAGUUUGAGAACGUUUUGUACCGUGGUAAUGCCAAACUUUGUGGAGACCUGUGUUAUGAAAUACUCCGUAGCUGUAACUCCAAGCUUUACUCCACAAGGAAGGAGGCUUGUGCUUUACUCUAUUUACUGAUGAGACAGAACUUUGAACAUACUAAAAAGAAAAGUGUUAUAAGAGUACAUUUACAGGUUAUUAUAUCUGUGAAUAAACUGAUUGGUAAUGUUGUUGGUCUAAGUAAUUCACAUCUGCAAGAGAGUUUGGCUAUGAUAAACAGUUAUGCUUCCAGUGAUAGACAAAUGCAGAUGUUUGGACCAUUUGUUGAAUUUAUGUCAGGAGUUGCUAGAAAUCGUCGGGAGAAAAGUGGAUUUCCAGCAGAGGUGAAAGAUUUAACUAAAAAAAUAAGAACUGUGUUAAUGGCCACAGCUCAGAUGAAGGAACAUGAAAAAGAUCCAGAAAUGUUGAUAGAUUUACAGUAUAGCUUGGCAAAAUCCUACGACAGCACUCCAGAAUUACGUAAAACAUGGCUGGACUCUAUGGCAAAAAUACACUUAAAACAUGGCAAUUAUUCAGAAGAAGCACAUUGUUUUAUUCAUAUAGCAGCAUUAAUAGCAGAAUAUUUAAAGAGAAGAGGAUGUUUCCCUCAAGGUUGUGCUGCCUUCAAACUAAUAUCUCCCAAUGUAGAGAAGGAGGAGAGUGGCAUUAAAGAUGAUUCAGGGAUGCAGGAUGUUCAGUAUACAGAGGAGACAAUGGUAGAAUAUUUAGAGAAGGCUUCAAGAUCUUUAGAGUUUGCAGAGAGAUAUGAGAUGUUAGGAGAAAUCUACAAAUUAGUUAUACCUAUCUAUGAAUUUAAUAGGGAUUAUGAGAGACUAUCCUCCUGCUACACUAGUUUAUCCCAAGCCUAUACCAAGGCAGGCGAGGUUGUACAAUCUGGAAAAAGAUUACUUGGCAAAUACUUCAGAGUGGGAUUUUAUGGGUCAUACUUUGAUGAUGAAGACCAAAAAGAAUAUAUUUACAAAGAACCAAAAGUCACCAGUUUACCAGAGAUAUGUGAAAGAAUUAGUAAUAUCUAUGGUGAAAAGUAUGGCAAAGAAAUUAUAAAACUUAUUCAGGAUUCCAAAAAGGUUGAUCCAAAUCAAUUAGAUGGUAGAUACUGUCACAUACAAGUUACACAUGUCACACCAUACUUUGAUGAGCGAGAACUUCAGAGACGACUUACAGAUUACGAAAGGAAUAAUAAUAUUCGAAAAUUUAUGUUUGAAACACCAUUUACAAAGGAUGGCAAGGCGCAUGGUGAAAUUGAUAAACAAUAUAAAAGAAGAACAGUAUUAACAACAACCCAUAGUUUUCCUUAUGUUAAAAAGAGAAUAGAUAUUAUUGAAAGGAAAGAUUUGGAACUAAGUCCCAUUGAAGUAGCUAUUGAUCAAAUGCAGACUAAAGUUGCAGAAAUGAAGGAAGUAGUCAACAUGUCACAUCCAGACCUAAAAAGGCUACAGCUUAAGUUACAGGGCAGUGUCAGUGCACAGGUGAAUGCAGGUCCUUUGGCAUUUGCGGAAGCAUUUAUCAGUAAAGGGAAAAACUUUCCUGAAAGUAAAGUAGAAUUGUUAAAGGAAGUGUUUAGGGAUUUUGUUUAUGUAUGUAAUGAUGCGGUAGAUCUCAAUGGAACAUUGGUUACAACAGAACAGAAAGAAUAUCAUGAAUCAUUAAAUCAAGGCUUCCAAGAUAUAGUCUCUAAAUUAAAUGAUAUGUUUGGAGAAAAGAUUUUAAAAAUAGAUGGCGGUGGUACAUUGUCCAGACAAGGUUCACAGGCAGUGUUAAACAUUAACUCAUCAAGUGCAGGUGCUAGUUUAGCUUAAUCUACAGGCAUUGGUAGUCAUGUUGUUAUAAUUACGAAUCAAAAUUAGUGGAACAAUGGACUUUGUUCUGAGUCCUCAAACAGAUAGAAAAUGUGAUUCCAUUGUUUCUUAAUAGCCAGUGUAACUUUGUGUGCUACCUCAGUUCUCAAGAAACAUUUAGAUAUUUGUUAGACAAAGAGUUUUAUAUGAAGCUGUUGGCUUUAAAUGUGUAAUAUUAACAUUUAUAUUUAAUAAUUUUUGAGACAUUUUAUGUCAUAAUGUGUUAUGUGUCAAAAAGCUAAGUACAAGAAGUGCCAUGUUAACAGAUGAUCCACCUGUAAUCAUGUUUGCUAUGGGUUAUCUCCCCUUAAUUAUUAAGGGAUUUAUUACGGUCAUUCACAGAAUUCUUAAAUUAUUAUUACUUUGUCUAUUGCUUUGGAUGUUAAGACAUUUCAAUAAACAAUAUGAUUUGAAAAUGAGCUCUCUAGUUAUAUACCUUGUUUUAACUAGCUGAAUACUUUCUAAUAACAUUUUUUUUUAUUCUGUUAAGAUAUUAGGGGGUUUUCAUGUUGGUGAUGUUUCAUUUAGGAAAUAAAAUUAAUUAACAUAACAUAAGGAAUAUGUAAGAAACAAGAAGUGUUUUUGUGAAAGUUUAUGGAAGGGUCCGAUUAUAAAGGAAGUAAGUAUUGAAAAUAUUACAGAGUAAUUUAAAAUCUAUACCCCAUAUACUUGUGUUGAUAACCAAAACAAAAAAAAAUAUAUAAUUAUAUAUAUAACUAUAUGUUUAUUGCAAAAUUCUAUUUCCUGUUUUGAAUAAUCUUUGUUAUCAUUAGAGUGCUUCAUUGCCUUAUAAAUUGAAUGUCAUAAGAGAUGAUAAAUAACUAAAAUAUUUGUAUAUCCACUUAUAUGUGACGUUUGAAGCAAGUUACAUUUAUACAAAUGUCUAAUCUAGUUGUGAUUGAACAUUCUUGGAUAAAAGAAAACUUCUUCAGUGACAGAUAUAGCUUGAUAACUUCCUCUGGUUGCCUUUUUUGUUCUAUGCAUAAUAUGUUACCAACCAAACCGGUUUGAUGUUUUUGUUUGUAUAAGCUAUUCUGUGAUAAGUAAUCCCCCUUUUUUAUUUCAGUUUAUGCACACAAUUUACUUAGAAUCAGGAUAUGAUUAAAAUAUGCAUUAAUUUCUUUUUAUGUAAAUAAUAGUUGAAAUUAUGAGGCAUUAUCUUGACUUAAUGAAAUUGAUUUAUGUUGUCUUGUUUGUACAAAAAAUCAUCUUGUAUUGAUUUUGUUUUUCAUACAUUCAAAUGUAAAUUUUAAUCAUUUUGUUUCAGUUUGCUGUGCCAAUAUCACAAGUAGAUAUAUUACAAAUCACAGACUUUUCAUGAUUGUAUACUUAAAUUAAUUUUAAGAUUCCCUCUUUUAAAAUUACAUUUAGUUUGCCCAUGAUAUCUAAGCUGCCCAUGGUAUCUAAGUUUCUGAUUUAUCCAAUGAAAUGACAUGAUAAAUAUUGUGGCAAAUUAUAAUUUAACUAAUGUUCUUUGCUACAAAAAAUAUUUAGAUAAAAAAUCUAUUGAUAUGAACAAUGAUAACUUUAAUUCCCAUGUUACAACCACUCAUUUCAACACAUUAUAUUUUGGAUGUUUAAGUAUUUUAAAUUGAUGGCUGCAUGAUGAAUUAUCAUUGUAAACCUGAAUUCUUGAAAUGAUUUUUUGUAGCAAAGAACAUUAGUUUAAUUAUAAUUGAAGAAGGAAUCUCUGACAUUCAAUAUAGCUACAAGUGUUCAGAAAAUAGAUUUGCAGAUGUUUUGGAAACUUCGUUAAAAACUACUUGGCUGAUUUGUCCAUACAAUCUUGAUUGAGAAUUCCAGUUGUAUAUAAGAUAUAGGCUCCGUUUUAUCAUUUUCUCUCAUUAAAACUAUAAGAAAAAAGUAUUUAAGUAUUAAACAUUAUAUAUAGCAAGAUAUAAUCAGUUUUGACAAGAAUAUACUGAGGAUUAUUUUGGAAUUCUCUUGGUAUAUAUUUAAAGGGUUUAUUCAAUAUAACUACAUGUAAAUGUUUAUGCAUCUACUAACAAAACUAUCAUAGGGCAGAACAAUUAUAGUAAAAAUGUACCUUGAUAGCAGAUAAUACUUUAUAUAAGAUAAAUAUUUAAGCAGUUUGACUAAUUAUUUUGAUGUUGCAAUUUUCUGAACAGAGAGAUACGUACUUUUGUAUGUGCUGGUGUCUUAGCUGAAAGAUGUCUUUAAUGCAUUUUUUUUUUAUAAUUUUCUCAAAAGUUUCUCAACAAAACCAACAAAGUUUGUGGUAGUUGUAUAGAUGAUUGUUUUUCAAUAUAUAAAGUCUGCAAAUUCAGAAUCAAGUUAUGCAUUUAUUUAAACAAAUGAAGAAUUAGUAAAGGACAAAUUAGUUGAUUUUCUUCUUAGGAUAAGUUAUAUGCUGAUCAACUCAUGCACAUGUUGUUUUUGUCACUAGUUAAUAUUUAAUUGAUCUAAAUCAAGUAUGCUUAUCAUGAUGUAUUAACCCCUGUUGUUGUUUAAAGUAUGCUAUUGGUAUAGAUGUUGUAUGCUGAGAUGUGUGAAGAUGUACAUUUGAGGUAAUUUAGAAAGGGUAAAACAUAUUCUUAUAAAGAAGACAUAAUGUCAUGGAUAUAUAUGGAGUUCAUAAACUUUUGUUAAAAAUUCCUUUAUUCAUGAAGACUUUUCAUAUGGGUGGAAAUUUAUAAGACAAAAAGUUCAAAUUCAACAAGAUAAUAGAAAAGACAUAUAUUCUGAAAUAGAUAUUUCAUUUCAAAGUAAUGCUAUACUUCAGGUCAGUUUUUGAAUGUACAUUUCUACAUAUAAACAAGACUAUGUUUAGUAUUAGACAGAAUGAUUAAAUGUAUAAUGCGUAAUUUGUUAUGUAUAAAUGAUGGCUAUAUUGUAUGCCAGUGUUCAAAGGAUAUCUAUAUUUACAUGUGCUUUAUAUGUACACUAUAUUUGUGUGAGUUAGUGUGUGUGUACACUAUAAUUUAUGCCUAAAUAGAUCUGAAUAUAAUAUUAAAUUUGUUAUUAUUUGUUAUAAAAUGCAAUAAAUAUUAUAACCACUA